CUCUCAAGCCCAGCUCGGAGGCUGUCGGUCUCUAUGACUACCAGAGGCUUGGAGGACCUGGAUGGGGGCCUGGGCAGCUGCCUCCCCAGUGAUGACCUCCCGUUCCUGGAGGAACCACCCUCAGGCCGGCGUCCAGACAGCAAGGCUCGAGGGACAUCCAGGCGGGCCGACUCCAGCGGCUGGACCCAUGUCCUUCAGGACCCAGUUGCUGCUGGCGCUGGGGAUGCCGGGCUCAGGAAGAUGGAAAAAGAGCUCGCGGGCAAGGAGAGCACAACCGGCAAAGCGGGAACAAGCCCCCGGAUCGUUCCUGCACGUAGGAAGCCACAGACUGCGCCUCCCCUGCAGCCGCCCCCACCUCCCCUGCAGCCGCUCCCGACGCCAAGCGAUGACCUGCCCUGGGGAGAUCUGACGCUCAACAAGUGCCUGGUACUGGCCUCGCUGGUGGCCCUGCUGGGCUCGGCUCUCCAGCUGUGUCGGGACGCAGUGGCUGGGGAGGCCGUGGCUGUCCCUCACCAGUGGGUCCCGCCCAGCUCUCCACCAAAGAAGGAAGCCUCGCCAGCGCCUAAGCCUCCGGUUUUGGUGCCUCCAUCCGGGUCUCCUCAGCCGAAGCCUGGGCCACCGGUACCCCAGGCACGGAUGCAGGAUGAGCCUGAGCUUCCCGGGAGCUCUGAAGCUACAGGAACCCGGGUAGAACCUGGAGGGUCCAUCUCGGAAGCCUCUGGGGAGGAGAGCGUUCCUCUUGGGGACCGAGGGUCCCAGGAGAAGCCACGGAAAGAGAAGCCAAGGAAAGGGGAGAAACUGAAGGAGAAGCCGAGAAGGGAGAAGCCGAGGAGGGAGGAAAAGCCACAGGUCACUAGGGAGCCCCACCAAUCACUGCCACGGCGCUGGGAGGCGCGGGAAGGAGGCCAUCGGCCAUGGAGGCGGGACUCUAGGGACCUCCUUGAGCAUGGGAAGCAGCAGGCCUGGGCUCCCCGGCGAAGGCAUGACCGUGAUGACCGGCCCAGACAGAAGCGAGGGAAGGGGCGUGACUGAUCCUGCCUGUGUCCCCUGGGCGAAUCCUGUGUCCCCUCUCCCUGUAGCACCAGCAAAUAAAGGCCGUGUUGUGACAGUAA